AUGAUCAUGCUUCCAUUGAAUGAGAGCAGAGCAGAGACACUUACCAAUGGACAAGCCUCAGCAGGCUUCCACAACACGACGCGCAAGCAGGAAAUAUUCAUUCCGCAUGUGACAGCGAGCGUGGUGCUGCUCUCCUCCCACUCCCUCCACGGCAUCUCCACCCACGUCUCCAUCGCCCCACGCCAUCCGGGCGGCAAGCCUGCCGCCCGAGCGGACGGCUACUGGCCGGCGUACAUCACCCGGGCGGGAAAGGGCACAGCCAUGGAGGUGACUGUUGAGAUCCGGGCGGCAGACUCAGAUUCAGCUUCAGCGGACGAUGCAACCCUCUCCCACCUCAAGGCAGCCAGGCUGGACGUGCACUACCCGGCGUACGGGCCACAUGGCAGCCUGCCAUUGGUGCAGCACGUCAUCCUGCCACUCGCCUUCCCCGCCUGCCCGCCUCCAUCUGCUCCACACGCCCCUCAGUGGCACAGCAUCGCACCGGGCAUAUCAGUGCUGGCGGUCCCAACACACCUGCUGUGCCACCUCGACGACCCCUUACUCGUGCUCCGACGUUACGCAGCCCCAUAUCUGCAACCAGGCGACGUGGUGACAAUUGGCGAGACGCCAUUGGCCAUCAUGCAGGGUCGCUUCCGCCACCCCGACUCCGUACGCGCGGGGCCCGUUGCUCGCUGGGCGUGCCGCCGCUUCCUGCCCACCUCGUCUCUUGCUACGGCUUGUGGCAUGCAGGUGCGCGUGGGGGUGGCCCUUAUCGACGUGGUGGGGGUGGUGCGCGUGGUAGUGGCAGUACUGCUGGCGGCGCUGGCACGAGUGCUGCUGAGGCAGAGGGUUCAUCACCCUCUACGACCACAGGAGACGGUGGAGGGGCUGAGUGCAAAGCUGGGGUGUGGCGUGGCGAUAGUGGACGUUAACGAUCUCAAGAAAGUGCAGAUCCUCGCUGCGUCAGCAGGGGUGGACCAUGGGAGGCUCACAACAGCGCUGCUGCCCAACCCAGCAGGUGAGCUGCUGCCCUGCCCGCACUCACAGUUUGUGAGGGGUUCCGUGCGAUGCGGGAGGGAAUGUUGUGAUGCUGGUGCGCGCCUGUCAUAG